AUGUCAGCGCUUGGCUUGUUCGCGGCGGUUGCGUCUUCGUACAAGGUGUUUAUUGGGCUGGCAACCGUCCUCUUCCUGGCUGUCUCGUUCUUGCGUAUUUAUCUGUCAUACAAAUAUGCUAGACUUCCACCAGGUCCACCUCCGGAUUGGAAGGGGAAAUAUGUAGAGCCUCGCGGCCGUUCUUGGCUCGCUUUGGAGCAGAUGCAACACGAAUAUGGCCCCAUUAUCGCAAUUCGAAACGGACCUUUCCAGCCGCCAAAUAUCUAUAUCACACGUGCCGAACCUGUUCUCGAACUUCUUGAGAAGCGGGGAGCGACAACGGGGGAUCGACCCAGCAACUACGUGGCAAGCCAAGGUAUGGGUCUUUUGUUUGCUCGAUAUGGUGACAAAUUCCGCCGACUUCGGAAAGCCGUGCAUCAACUGUUGAUGCCCAAGAUGGCAGAAUCAUAUGGACCCCUUUCAGAGAGAGCAGCGCGAAAUAUGCUCCGAGAUAUCUUGGAUGACAGCACGAACUUCAAAGACAUCUUCCACACUUAUGCUAGCAGCGUGAUCAACUCGAUGACCUUUGCGAAACGUAACAAGACCCAUUACUCAGAUCCCUCACUUGUCCAAGCGCUUGCAUGGAACCGCGAGCUCGUAGUCGCCGUGACUCCCGGUGGCUAUAAGAGGCAGCUGCAGGACUAUCUCGAUAAGAUUAGAGGAGUGCAGCAAGAGAUGCUAGAGGGUCAAGCGCCUCCGUCAUUUGUGAAGUACAUGACCGAGAAACAAGACGAGUACGGUCUUACGCAGGAAGAGCUAGCUUGGCUAUCUGGAAGUUUAUAUCACGCAGGAAGUGACACAGCUGCGGUGACCAUCAACCACGGUCUUCUUGCUGCAGCCAAGCGUCCUGCUGCUCAAAUCAAAGUCAAAGCAGAGCUGGACAUGGUGGUCGGGAACGAUCGAACGCCCUCUUUUGACGACCUACCGAACCUCCCUUAUUUGAACGCGUUUAUCCGAGAAGUGUACAGAUGGAGAAGCCCCAACCCUCGCGGGUUUCCCCAUCGCAUGAUGCAGGACGAAGAGCUCAACGAUUACAUCAUCCCGAAAGAUUCACUUGUCUACGGCGUCCAUUGGUGCCUACAUCGUGAUCCCUCCUUGUUCGACGACGUGGAUACAUUCAAGCCGGAACGUUGGCUGGAGACGGAUGAGAAGGGCGAGUUGAGGCUGCGGCAAGACAUGCAGCACUUUACGUGGGGAUUCGGCCGUCGAAACUGCCCGGGUUUACACAUCGCCGAGCGUUCUAUCUUCAUCAAUCUUGCCGCGUUCGACCUCAGCGAAGACCCGUCCGCACCGAUCAACACAGACCCGGCGACUGGGUAUAUACCGGCAGGCAUCUGCAGUCCUUACCCGUACAAGGUGGUCUUCAGACCACGGCAGCCUGAUCUGGAAAACAUCCUAGGAGGCGAGGAGCUGCUGAUCGACGAGUGA